GUCAUUGUAACAAUUGAUAUAAAAGCAGCCCACAUCCUCACCUACCCGUCACAACCGGUUACUUGUGCUAAUUAACAUAAUUUGCAACUUUUAACCUCAAUUUUCAAAAACCACGGUCAAGAUGCAAUCCACCAUUCUCGUCGCUCUCUGCUGUAUUGCCGUCGCCUCGGCCGGCGUGGUAACUGUGUCGCGUUGUGAUGGACUUGGCACCCCAAUCCAAACCAGGAUUUCUGACUGUGACGGAUACUGCCGAUUUCAACCCGGAAAAAUCUACAAUGCUGAGCAAGACUUUAUGCCAAGCGCUGCUACUCCAUCGCUCACUUUGAAAGUCGAGGUCUGCAUGAACGGUGGCUUCUGUAUGCAAAUUCUUCAAGCCGAUCUCCCCAACUCGUCUGUCCAGCCUGGAUUCGUCUACACUGCCAAAUAUUCCGUCGUACCAAACGAUAUUUUGAGCGGAUCGACCGUUGAGAUGAGAGCCUACAUCCUUCAUACGCCGACCGCCCGUGUCGACGUUUGCAUCUUCUGCAACGUCGACGUGUUGUAGAUUUAUUCUAAUCAAGAAAUGCACAAUUUUGAACAUAUUUUAUUAACAACGCGCAAAAAUAAUAUGAAGACAAAAUAAACUACACAAAAAUUCUAA